UUAAUUUGCAUUAUUCCCAUUUUUUCAGUUUUUAGAUUUUAAAUAGUUCAUAAGUAUCAAAUAACUAAAAAAAUAAAUUAUGGGAUCUAAUAUAAUAAAGACUGUCGUUACAUGGUACCUCAUGAUAAGCAUCGUCCGAUGUGAUGAAGAUUCUCACAAGUAUGAUGAUGGUGAGGAUGUCUUGUUGUGGAUGAAUACUGUUGGUCCGUAUCACAACAGACAGGAGACAUAUGAAUAUUUCAGAUUGCCGUUCUGCAAAGGAAGUAAAGAGUCCAAGAUAGACAGACAUCAUGAAAAUUUGGGUGAUGCAUUGCAAGGAGUUGAAUUGAAAUACAGCGGUCUGGACAUUAAAUUCAAGGAGAAUGUACAAAUGGUGAAAUACUGUACUGUUGAUCUUGACAAGAAAAAGUACGAGACUUUUGUUUACGCAGUCAAGAAUCAUUAUUGGUAUCAAAUGUACAUGGAUGAUUUGCCUAUUUGGGGUAUCGUCGGUGAAAUAGGAGAGUCAGGGAAAGAAGAAUAUUUCAUGUGGACGCAUAAAAAACUUGAAAUAGGUUAUAACGAUGAUCAAAUUGUUGAUAUCAACUUAACAAGCGAUCAUAAAGUGAAACUGGCUCCAAAUAUUAAAAUUGAAUUCACAUAUGAGGUUGUAUGGACACCUUCUGAUGUGAAGUUUGCAGACAGAUAUGAGAAAUACCUGGAUCCAAGUUUUUUCCAACAUAGAAUUCAUUGGUUUUCCAUUUUCAAUUCUUUCAUGAUGGUUAUAUUCUUGGUUGGUCUUGUAUCUAUGAUUUUAAUGAGAACAUUGAGAAAAGAUUAUGCAAGAUACAGUAAAGAAGAUGAUCUUGAUGAUAUGGAAAGAGAUUUGGGUGAUGAAUAUGGUUGGAAACAAAUUCAUGGUGACGUAUUUCGUCCUGCGUCUUAUCCUAUACUUCUAUGUGGAUUGAUUGGUUCUGGCGUCCAUGCUCUAUCAAGUGCCUUCGCUGUGGUUGUUUUCAUUAUCGGCGGCGAAUUGUAUACUGAGCGUGGAACAGUGGUCAGUACUGGGAUCUUUGUCUAUGCUGCCUUAUCACCGAUCAAUGGAUAUGUUAGUGGAGCUUUAUAUUCAAGAAUGGGAGGGCGAAAAUGGAUCAGGCAGAUGACUUUCAGUGCUUUACUGCUUCCUGCAUUAGUCUGUGGCACUGCUUUCUUUAUUAAUUUUAUUGCAAUGUAUUAUCACGCAUCAAGAGCUAUUCCAUUUGGAACAAUGAUGGCAAUGGCUUGUAUCAUAUUAUUUGUUAUAAUGCCACUAAGUCUGGUUGGUACAAUCCUUGGAAGGAAUAUAUCUGGAGCCCCAAAUCAUCCAUGCAGGAUCAACGCAGUUCCAAGACCCAUCCCAGAGAAAAAAUGGUUCAUGGAACCCCCUGUCAUAGCUGCUUUGGGUGGAAUUUUGCCUUUUGGAUCAAUUUUUAUUGAAAUGUAUUUUAUAUUCACAUCAUUCUGGGCAUACAAAAUCUACUAUGUGUAUGGAUUCACACUUCUUGUUCUCGCCAUUCUUGCUAUUGUCACUGUAUGUGUGACAAUCGUAUGCACUUAUUUCCUACUCAACGCAGAAGACUAUAGAUGGCAAUGGACAAGUUUCAGUGCAGCAAGUUCGACAGCAGUAUAUGUCUAUGUUUAUUCUUUCUACUACUUUUUCUUUAAAACAAAAAUGUAUGGUUUGUUUCAAACUGUCUACUACUUCGGAUAUAUGGCUGUGUUUAGUAUUGCUAUGGGAAUGAUGUGCGGAUCCCUCGGUUAUCUUGGUACAAGCUUGUUUGUACGAAAGAUAUACAUGUACGUCAAAAUUGAUUAGCGGAGAUUGAUUACUACAAACAACUUGGACCUGAAAUAUAGCAGCGUUUGCCCGUUUUUCAAAUGGACUCUUUCUUGGUGGCACUGACACACAUUCGAGUAAUAAGAAUUGACAUAAUAACUUGAUUUUGCUUUGAAAGCGGAACCCAGACAUGCAAGUGGGUGAUAAAUUUUCAAUUUCGAGUUUUGUUUGAAGCUUCAAGAAAACAUUUGUGGAAUGAAGCACGUGAAACUAUGGUGCUUUUCAUUUUGUACUAUGAAGACAACAAAACAUUGUAUAUUAAUAUACAAAUCAUCGCAAUUUUUAUUUAUAAUUAUAUAGGUAUAUAUUAAAAAUUUUGUUUUAAUGCAUGGGAUUUUUAGUUACAAAUAUUUAGAAAAUUUUCAGGAAAUUUAUCGAACAACGGACGCCAUGUUUAAAAUUUUAAACCUUACAAUUAUUUUUAGUUUGUCUUUCAUACAAUUUUGGAGUAAAAAAGCUAUUAAAAUGAAUUACUGAUUUAUUUGCCAAAUUAGAAAUAAAGUUAAGAUUUGAAAAAGAAAAUUAACCGGGUUGCUUUGUUCAUUGUCUAAGCUUGGGUUGAUUCAAUCAGAUAAUAUAUUUAGUUUUUACAUACAUCGUUAACAUAGGAUAUAGACCAAGCUUCUAGUAUUCAUGUUGUGUGGCUCCUGUUUGUAAAAAAUAUAAAAUAUUUGAGUGUCACACACGUAUGCUAUUAUUUAUUUGGGUGCCACACACACACCAUACUUAUGGUAUCAUUUUUAGCAUAACUGAUAUUCGAUUCCAUUUAAUCCCAGGGUAACAAUCAGUUGCAACUAUAACUAGCUAGAUUUAUUGCAUAUUUCGUAAUUCUGGCUAAAAUAAUCUUAUAAUUAGUGAUAGUUUCUUUGAUUUACUUACUUGUGAAUUAGUCAAUGUUGAUAACUGAUAAUGAUUUGCCAGAAAUAUGUCGUUAGCAUUAUAAUAAUAUAAAUUUCCAAUUUUCCCUUGAUUUAUGCCUAUAUCUUUUUGUCUUUAUGAGUUAAAUACUGGUUUUUAUAACACUGUUUGGAGCCCAUUUGAAAAGGUAAAAAGGACGAAUGGAUGUGAUUAGCAAAGUAUUUACACACACAAUAUAUACCACACUACUAUAUCUAAGAAAAUAUUCCCUUUUAUAACUAGACUAGCAAGAGCUGUAGCAGUGCAAAGUUAAAAUCAGCGAUAUUGAAUGUUUUUGGCCCAAUUGCAAAUUAGCCUGACUGUUGUUGUUUUUUCCUAUUCACUUUUAAGAAAAAAUAGUUUAAAAUAAUCAUAUUACCAAUAAAUUUCGCUCAUUGGAGUCCCUUAACCUCCAUCGAUAGCUAAUAUAAUAUAAUAGUGUUGACUUAUAAAGUUUGGUGUUAACCACUAUCUUCUGACAUCUCUGUCAUGAGUAUAGACCUAAAUAUACAGUUACUGCUUACGACUCCUCAGGCGUAUAUUUGUCCCGAAUCGUUGAUGUCAUCAACCUAAUAUUAUUCCCAAAAUAUUAACCGACAGGGAAUAAAUAACUUUAUAUGGCUGAUUUCAUCAUUGGGUUUCGUUUAAAAAAGAGAUCAUUUACACAUUCAAUCAAUAUUUUAGUUGGUUUAUGUAAGCAAUGAACAUGUAGUAUAAUUCCAGAAUUUAUUUUUAUCAUUUUGCAUGAUCUUUGCUGUUUUUCCAGUCUCUUAUAAUUAUAUUCUGUUCUUUGUUCUGCCGCAUGAAACACGUUAACAAACAAUUUAUUUAUCUGGUUGUUUAUUUCUGUUGCAUUACACAAAUGUGUCUCAACAAUUUAUGGUUAUGAAUUCUAUUCUUGAAACAUUUAUUUAUCAAAGCAGAUUAUCGGAUACUUUGCUUGCUCAAUGCGCUUUUAUUACACAAAAACAACAAAAAUUGCUUUGGUGACAAUGCUAUCAUACAUUCUUCUACUUAAUAUUUAACUCUUAUGGUAACGUUUCUGGAAAAUGUAUAAUAAUGCAUAGAAAUAACCUUUAGCAAGAAUUUACAGCAAAUUGGAAUUGCCUCAUUCAAUCACCUCUUUUUAUGAAUUAAUAUAAAUAUUUCGACUCAACUCUUUACAGGACUAUUCAGUAUCAGUCAGUCAUACGUCUACCAAAUUUCAUAAUACUAUAUUAAUUUGAAUUGUAAAUUACGGAUUUGAAAUAUCAUAUUUCAAGUAACUGUAAUGAAAUAGUAUUUGAUGAUUUUUCAGAUAGCCAAUCAGUUUUCUAUUUAUCUAUAAUAUCUUCCUGCAUUUCUGCUAUGUAUCGGGAGAAAUGGUCUUUUCGACAUUCAUAUACCAUUGAGUAACCAUACUAUCUGCAAAAGUGUCUUAAAUAUGCUUGCUGUCAAAGGUUAUGUAACAAACAAGGAAAUUAGUUUAUUGUGUUUAUUUUAAACCUGUAAGUGGCAUCCCCAAUUGCAAUAAAUGAUCUUUCAACAAGCAACCUUCUAUAUGUAAUCGUAGUGCCUAAUAUUUCAAUGUCUGUACCAUAUUUCAAAUAUGAUAAUUGGGUGUUAUUUUUUUUUUUUGAGCAUUUUAGUGAAAUAAAUUUCGAAUGUAUUUAUGAA